AUGAAGAAAAGAGGAAAGAUAUUUGUGGGGUUGGAAAGUUGCUUGGAUGCGUUUGGGGGCAUCGAACAAAACUUUCGAAACGUGUGCGAAGAAAUCGAAUAUGUCGCAACGUAUUACGUGAUUUUUUCGAAAGCCGAUUUGAAGUCCCUCGUGAAGUGUUCGGAAAGAUUGAUGGUCGAUGAAAACGGAAGAGAGAGACACGAAAUUGAAAGAAAAGCUGCCAUUCGAGCUGUCGAGGCUGUGCGAGCCAUUCCAAAGUUGAAAUCGAGCGACAAGAAACAUCUGGCAAAACGCAUCAAGUCAGCUCAUAUUUCUACUAGGAGAAAGGAAAGAAAUACAAAGAAUAUGGAAAGAGAAGAAGAAGAAGAAGAAGAAGAAGAAGAAGAAGAAGAACAAGGUGAAGCGAUGAUUGCGCGACUCCCCGACGAAAUCAUGCGAGAAAUAUUUGCUCACUUUAGAAGUAAAACGGAUGUAGCUGUGGCGUCGUGCGUGUGUGCGCGCUGGAAACGUAUUUUGUCGUGUCAGAAGAAAGAAAAGAGCAAUUGGUACGCCGCGUUACAUAUGGACAGAGAAACCGGACGUUGUACCACGCGCGAUGGAAGAUUAGUGUGGGAAACGAUGGUAAAGAAUAUUGCAAAUUCGGGUGUCGAUGAUGAGGAACAUGUAGCGCUUAAAUCCAAGAUAGAAGUAUACGCCUUCAUAAGGGAAAAUGUUCGCUCGCAAAGAAGAAGAGAGAUAGACUCGGAUUUCUCAGACACGACGAGCGAAGACGAUGAUGAGGAUGAGGAUGAUGAGAUGAAGGAGGAGGUGAACGACGUCGACGAUACCGACAUCAAGAAACGAGUGAUGUCGCACCGAUUUUGGAACGUCCGUAAAUAUCUGUAA